UAAUCUGCAUCGAUCCAUUCUUCUCUCUCUCUCUCUCUCUCUCUCUCUCUCUCUCACACUAAACCCUUCAUAAAUUUGACCCAUGUUUCUCAAUGACAGUUGAGCACACAGUACUUUUAAGCUAGUAUAUAUUUAAGCUUGUGGGUACUGGAGCACUAGGAUUUCAAAAGCAAAGCCAGAGAGCUAUUUCAAACAAAAACUUGAACACCAUGGGAAGAACACCUUGCUGUGACAAAAAUGGCCUCAAGAAAGGCCCGUGGACGCCGGAGGAGGAUCAGAAACUCAUGGAUUAUAUUCAGAAACAUGGUUAUGGCAACUGGAGAACCCUCCCAAAGAAUGCAGGGCUACAAAGAUGCGGGAAGAGCUGCCGUCUCCGGUGGACAAACUAUCUCCGACCGGACAUCAAACGAGGUCGGUUUUCAUUCGAAGAGGAGGAGACAAUUAUUCAACUCCAUAGCAUAUUGGGCAACAAAUGGUCUGCUAUUGCCGCUCGUUUGCCCGGAAGAACCGACAACGAAAUCAAGAACUACUGGAACACGCACAUUAGGAAGAGGCUUCUCCGAAUGGGAAUUGAUCCUGUCACCCACAGUCCCCGUCUUGAUCUUCUCGACUUCUCAUCCAUUCUCUACAACUCAUCUCAUCACCACCAUCAAAUGAACAACUUUUCAAGGUUGCUUGGCCAACCAAUUGGACUCAACCCUGAGCUACUAAGGCUAGCCACUUCUCUAAUCCAAUCCCGUAGAGAAAACAAUAGUAACCAAAAUUUCGUUCUUCAAAAUGCUCAAGAAAAUGAUUACCACCAAAUCUGCAACCCCCAAAUCCAACCUCAACAACCAGUUCAAGACAACGUUCCAUACCCUAAUGAAGUUUCACAACUCAUGCAGCAGCAGCCCAAUGUAGAGUACCCAUCAAGCCUAAGUGAUUUUAGGUCACAAAACUCUCAACUCAAUGAGUGGCAAAGUAAUGUGGGGACUUCAAAUUUUACGGAAGAGUAUGUUGAGUUACCAAGUUUUGCAUACUUUGGGUCUGAACAGCAUCAAACUGUUUUGGACCUUUCGCCGGAGACUUCAAAUUUUCACUCCAACAACAGCAACCAGAACUUCAGCUUCACUUCAGUUUUCUCGACGCCUUCUUCAAGCCCGACGACUUUGAAUUCGAAUUCGACAACGUAUUUCAACAGCGGCACAGAGGACGAACGUGAAAGCUACUGUAGCAACAUGUUAAAGUUUGGGAUCCCAGACAUCUUGGGUGUUAAUGAAUUCAUGUGAUAUUAUUUACUAUUACUUGUAAGUUUCUUACUGAUCAUUGGGAUUGAUCAAGCUGUUGAUACGUGUAGAAUUUGCUAAGAAUGAAUCAGUGCAUUAGUUUUGGUAAUUUUACUGUAUCCUGAAUCUCUCCAAGUUCUUCAUGUCCCUUUUCUUCUUUAAAUGGAAAGUUUCCAUAAUUAUCUCCUUAA